CUUCCCCCGCGCGUUCGUGCGGCGAAGCUGAGCUUAGCCAGGCACUGUGUGUGGAUAAGGUGGGAGGGAAGGAAGGAGAGACUGAGGCGCCUGAGGAGAAAGCUGGGAGUUGACUGGGCCGUUAGACCCGAAAGAGCGCUGGGAGAGCGGGUGUGACCCUUCGGGGCCGCAGGCCGGCCCCGCAUCCCUCUCUCCCCCGGGGCAGAGCUGUGUGGCUACGAACCAAAAUGGUUGGUAGCCCUGUGGGCAUGAAACUCUAAUGCCCUGACCCCCAUCUUGGAGGGACUGAGCACUGGCAGAAGGGAAUGUUACGGUGGACAGUGCAUUUAGAAGGUGGGCCCCGGAGAGUAAACCACGCUGCUGUGGCUGUUGGGCACAAAGUCUACUCUUUUGGUGGCUACUGUUCUGGUGAAGACUAUGAGACUCUGCGACAGAUCGAUGUUCACGUAUUCAAUGCAGUUUCUCUGCGCUGGACCAAACUACCACCAGUGUGGACAAACAGCAGGGACCAUGUGAGGGAAGUUCCCUACAUGAGAUAUGGACAUUCUGCAGUGCUCAUUGAAGACACCAUCUAUAUCUGGGGUGGCCGCAAUGACACCGAGGGAGCCUGCAAUGUGCUAUAUGCCUUUGACGUCAGCACGCACAAAUGGUUCACACCAAAAGUUUCUGGAAUGGUUCCGGGAGCAAGAGAUGGACAUUCGGCUUGUGUCUUGGGAAAGAGCAUGUAUAUUUUUGGGGGAUAUGAACAACUGGCCGAUUGUUUUUCGAAUGACAUCCACAAACUGGAUAGCAGCAACAUGAUUUGGAGUCUGAUCUGCACAAAGGGCACACCAGCUCGUUGGAGAGACUUCCACUCAGCCACAAUAAUUGGGACAAAGAUGUAUGUGUUUGGAGGAAGAGCAGAUCGCUUUGGGCCAUUCCACUCCAACAACGAGAUCUACUGUAACCGAAUCAAAGUAUUUGACACAGAUACAAACUCUUGGCUGGACUCCCCUCCUACGCCCCUCCUCCCUGAAGGCAGAAGGAGCCAUUCAGCAUUCGGCUACAAUGGGGAGUUGUAUAUAUUUGGUGGCUACAAUGCACGUCUGAACAGACACUUCCACGAUCUCUGGAAAUUUGAUCCAGUUUCUUUUAUUUGGAAGAAAAUCGAUCCCAAAGGAAAAGGGCCAUGUCCUCGCCGCAGGCAGUGCUGUUGUAGAGUAGGGGACAAGAUCAUCCUCUUUGGAGGCACCAGCCCAUCCCCAGAGGAAGGCAUGGGUGACGAAUUUGACCUGAUGGAUCACUCGGACCUGUACAUCUUAGACUUCAGUCCCAGUUUAAAAACGCUAUGUAAACUGGCAGUGAUCCAGUACAACCUGGACCAGUCCUGCCUCCCUCACGACAUCAGAUGGGAGCUUGCAGCAAUGACAACAAACAGCAACAUCAGCCGACCAAUCUUCUCCUCCCAUGGAUAAUCUGGUCUUCUGCUCGCCCUCCCAGCUGCCUUUGACCCACUGCCUUGCAGACAUCAUCUGCCGUCUCCCUCACUGCAUGAAUGUUUAGCCUAUUCAGGAAAGAGACAUAGCUUCACCACGUAAGGGACUUCUUUGCUGCCCAACACCAGGAGGGCUCUACUUGUCCAUCCUGUUGCCACACGUAUCCUGCUGUAACCUUGUCAAGACCUCUCCUUAAAGGCAGCACACAUACAGAGUUGGAUGGUGCGCUCUACAGAGAAGCGAUGUGGGUGUGGUUUUGCUCUUGCUGCUGGAAGCUACAGCUUAACAUCCAUCUAUUGAUGUAAUACAACUUGAGUUAAUAGGAACAAAACAAACUCAAAUCUCAGGACUAACUGGUGCAAGGCCAACAUAUGCUUCACAUAAAUAUAGGAUCAAAGGCAAACAAAGCAAAGACUCAUGGAAGCCCAACUUCUCUACAUCCCCAGCCAUUUUGAGUGCCUGGCCCUCACCGUUAACUACCUUAAGCCAUUUCCUCUGCUCAGCUGUGAAUGCAGAAGAGCAUUCCUGGUCUUACAAAUUUUGGAAUUUGACUGGGUUUGCCCUCUCCAUUGGGCAUCCAGAAGAACUCCAUAUAUAUAACAAGCACUCGCUGUCUUUAUAGUAGUGUGGACUUCUGUGAGGUCAGAGCCUUUGUUGGAAGAGGAGAGGGAUAAUGAUGACUCUGCGCAGCUAGGCGAGAAGUGGCCAUCCAGCAUCUCAUAAGACUGAGUAGAACAGAGACUUUUCUGUGGUGGGAGGGGGUCAAUGCAAGACCUGAAAUGUUGCUGCCCAGUUUCAUGUGUGCAAGCAGCAGCAGCAGCUCUGAAUUUAUAAAUACUGGGGGGAAGCUAAACUGCUUAGUGUGUCAGUGUUUUGCGUGGCUGGAGGGUGAGUGAUGGACCCAUGCAAGGACUUGGGGGUAUAGGGCCAGGAGAUCACAAACUGAGUCUGAAAUCUGAGAACCAGUGUCAUGCGCUCAGAAGCCACCAGUUCAAAUCUUUCUGUAGCCAUGGAUUUGCUGGGUGGCUGUAAGCAAGCCACUUACUCUCAGCUUCAGCCCCGCUCUGUCAGAAAUACAGGAGUAAUACUUUCCUGCCUUACAGAGAUGUUGUAAGUAUAAGUGAAGUGUUCUGAAUAUUCUAAAGUGCUAUAUAAAUGCUCCCUAUUAUUUAUUAUUA